CUCGAACAUAAAUAGCUUCUCACACCAAGUCAACAUUGCAAUGAUGAGCUUCGCCAGCGACGGAGGCGGCCCCGCCAAGGCUGUCCCUCUGUGGAAAGAGGUUCAGUGGAUCUCCCCAUUGAUCUCCAUCAUCGUGUGGGCGAUUGUGGCUGGAUGGUCGCUUCGUACGUCUCCAAGCCCUCGCUACUACCACACGUACAACCCAACGAUCAGUGAAACAACGACGCACCCGCUUCACGAGGAUACGAUUUCAUAUCCCCUUCUCAUCGGUCUUAGUGCUGCCAUCGGUAUCGUCGUGCCCGUCGUUCUCGAGUUCACUUUGCAGCACUCGGCACUAAAAAGGCACUUUUACGUGACGUUGGUCAACUUGUGGCUGGGGGUGCUGGAAGCUGUGCUGCUGACGAUUGCUGCGACCGAACUCAUCAAGUUCAGCGUGGGGUACUUGCGUCCCAACUUUGCGGCCGUGUGCCAACCUACGUUGGUGAACGCCACGUCAUACGAAUGUUCGGUGGCAUCCCAAGUCUUUGAGAAGUCCAUGCUCUCGUUUCCGUCCGGACAUUCCUCCACCGGCACGGCCGCUGGCUGGUACACCACUAUCUAUGCACUGUGGACGAUUUACGCCCGCGAGUCGCGCGUGACUCCUCGCACAGCCGCACUGUGUCGCCAGCUGCUCUUCCUGCCGGCCCUAGUGCCGUUCCUCUUGGCCCUCGCCGUGUCGGUCACCCGAGUGACAGACUUCAAGCACCACGCCGUCGACGUCACCAUGGGCACCCUCCUCGGACUCGUGUUUGGGUCGCUAGUGUUCAUUCGGGUGGUCCAGACAUUGCCGACGCUGCCGCCUUGUAAAGACAAAACAUUCAAAUAAAGAUAACAGUGAUACAAAUCCGAUCCACAAUCGACCUGA